AUGGCUCCCUACGACAGCGACUCGUCCGACGACGAGGAUGUCGGCACUCGAAACUACACCGAGACCAACGUGCUUCUCGGCUAUGCCGAUCCUGAGGACCAAGACGCCCAAGACGAUGCAGCCGAAAACAAUGAGACUGUAAGCCGCCUCGGUGGCCGCCCGGACUGGAUUGCCGGGGGGAAAGCACCGCCCUCUGCGGGCCUGGCACGCUGCCUCGUGUGCAAGGCGCUACUCGUUCUGCUCCUCCAGCUCAACGGUGAACUCCCUGACCGGUUUCCAGGCCACGAGCGUCGGUUGUAUGUGCUGGCCUGCCGUAACAAGGCAUGUCGGCGCAAGCCAGGGAGUGUGCGUGUGAUUCGUGGUGUGCGCGUGGAUGCCGCGGUGGCAGAAGCUGCCGCUGCUGAGAAGGCGGCGAAAGUGAAGAAGGCCGAGACCACAGAGGCGAAUAAGACCGUCGGCGCGGCUCCAAUGCUGGGCAACUCCCUCUUUGGUGCGGCGAACCCGUUCUCGGCCGGUGGCACAAGCAGCAGCAACGCAAACCCUUUCACCCUCGGGGGCUCGGGAUCUCCGUCUAUAGGCGGCACAUCGAAUCCCUUCAGUCUCGGAGGCGCAGCAUCCGCACCGGCAGCCAAGGCCCCAACGUCAAAACUGCCGUCAUCCCCUUCCGAAAAGACACAACAGUCGACCGAGGACGCGGCAAAAGACCUGCCCAAGACCUUUGCAGAGUCACUCGCGAUCAACGACGACAAGUCAGAAACGACCGCAGCUACCACAGCCACGCCUCCCGAGCCUUGGCCGCCAGCCGACUCUUGGCCCGCUGCAUACCCUGUCAGCUGGAUUGCAGACGCCGAGUACGAGACGCUCGACCCGACACCGGCCGCGAUUCCUGGUGUUGUUACGGAGACGAUGGAUGUGGAGGGCGAGUCGGCCGGUGGCAGCGGUGGUGGAAAGGAGGACAAGUUUGUCUUUGAGUCCAGCAUGGACGCUGCUUUCCAAAAGUUCGCCGACCGUGUGGCCCAGAACCCGGACCAGGUAAUUCGGUACGAGUUCAAUGGCCUGCCUCUCUUCUACAACAAGGACGAUGCGGUCGCCGGCAUCUGGGGCCAGAACCCUGCUGGUGGCAACAUAUCCACCGUCCUGGCAUCGACAUCGGGCCGUCUGCCGCCCUGCCCCAACUGCCGCAGCCGGCGCGUGUUUGAGGUGCAGCUGAUGCCGCACGCCAUUGACCUGCUGGAGGCGGAUGAGCUGGGAUUGGAGGGCAUGGACUGGGGUACGGUCCUAGUGGCUGUGUGCGAGAAAGACUGCCAGGUACAAGCGACGCCGGCCGGCGAGGCGAGCUACCUAGAGGAGUGGGCGGGUGUGCAGUGGGAGGAUCUGGAGGCCCAACGGCUGUAG